AUGAACCUUACCCUAAAUAAACUAUAACCCUUACCUAACCCUAACCUUAACCGUUUAAAAAUGUUGCUUCAAUGGAGUAGGGACGUCUUAAGGGUUCUGGAUAGCACGGACCUUUCUCUUGUAUGUAGUGAACGAAAAGGCAGCGGAAGAAUUCAGUUUGAGUCGUCAGCCAAACAACGCACUGAGCGAAGUAGCAAGCACUGCUUCGUCGGUGAAGUCGUGACAGGGACGCAAUAGUAAACUCAAAAGAGGACUUCAAUUUUUCAUCAACCAGGCUUGCACAAUUCAAGUCUGCUUGAAGUCGUCUGAACGAAGAGCGCACAUUUUACAGUAAAGAUUAUGCGCAAAAACGUUAUCUUCACAUGUACUCUGAUGACUUCAGAAACGCUACAAUGUAUCAUAAUAUAGAACGUACUAGGUUGGCUACACAACGCAGAGAUUUCAUAACAGUGAUUUCAAUCUGUGGAUCAUAGAUUGAAAUUCAUGCAGGCUUUUCGGUCCGGGACUUUUCGUUUACUUGGGAAAAACUCGUGACCGAUUUCAAGAUUAUUUACACCUAGGGUAGUCGACAGAUUUUUUAUAGUUAAACUUCAAGUUCUUCCAUGAGUUUGGGAAUGUAUGCGAGGGAGAUAUCGGCAGUGGCAGCAGUUCUGAUUUCUCUACUAGUGGUAAAUCUUUUUGGGUCGCUUGGAAUUAGUUCAGAAUUAAAAGUACGAGUGCGUUUAAGUGAUGGACAAAUUGCAGAGGAGAUUUUGGAAGCAGACAGUGAGAAGGAUUCCAUAACAGUCGAGUUCAAGCAAGGAGAUGGUACUUAUAUUACUGUGGUAUUUGAUUUCAAACGGGAUGUGAGGAUCAUACGAGCUCUGAUCCUGGGGGAGCCGGAGCGAGGACAGAACCAAUACCAGGUGCUGUGCUUCAUCUCACGGCUCAAUCAACACGAGAUCAUCCCCACUGAGUCCAUGGCCCGUCUCAGACAGAAGAACCCACACUUGGUCCACAUGGCAGAGGAGAGGCGUGGGGUGGAACACCUCCACAUGGACAUGGUGGUGAACGUGAGUCGUACAGGGCACCUCAACACACUCAUCCACAACCUGUGUAAGGAGGCCCACGAGGGGUUUUAUACACGGACGGCCGACACCAAGCAUUGGCUGGAUGAAGGAAUAGAGGCCAUUGAAUUUGAGCCCCUGCCCCAGACAGCGGACGCCGCUGGUCUGCAGCGAUGCCCCUCCACUCUGGAUAUGUGGCAGCCCUGCAUCUGCAGCUAUUUCCUGCGUCUGGAGUGGCUCCCCUGCAUGCUCAAAUACUGCCGCAGCCUCCUGGCCGUGGCUGGAAGGGCCAACCCCUAUAAGUGUGGCAUCAGGAGCUGCAGCAAGGGCUACCGCUUCGACUACUACGUCCCCCAUAGACAGCUCUGCCCAUGGGACGAGGAGACCUAAAGCAGCCUGUUUCGCUCCUGGUUCUUUCCUAGAAGACGUUUAGCCUACAGUGCACGUCUAGAGUGAGCAGGGGAUUUACAUAUGUGGCCUUGGAGUGAAGUAACAGACCUGCCUAGUGCCUAAAUAUAUAAGUCUAACUGUGGUGUUAGACAUGUUUCGUUUACAUAAUUUCUUGUUUUGGGUUCAACCAGACAGUAGCGCAUGUACUGUAACAGUACAUCUAGACAGGAGCCUAACGGGAACAAAGAAAGUAGGGUUGGGCAAUUUUAUGAUAUUAUUGUAUACCCAUGACGUGAUUCUUGAAUAGUUUACCAUGAGAUUUAACAAGGAGAACUCAACAAUAUGAGAUUUUAAAUCGCCCAACCUAGAAGAAAGUGCCCAUGCUAACAUGGAUUAAUGUUUUGACCAAAGAUGGUGGAUAAAUGAAGAUGUCUUAUUGAGGCAGUUUACCAUUGGAAAAAAUGGUCACGGUUCCUGUCUGUGUAAGUGUGUGUUCCCUCUUUCACAUGAGCAUGCUUUCCUGUGUGAAACCAAUGGCUCUGGUCUACUUAUUGUCCCCUCCCUGCUCUCCCGACACAGAUUUUUUUUUACAUUUACAUUUUAGACAUUUAGUAGACGCUCUUAUCCAGAGCGACUUACAGUUAGUGAG